UUUUUUCUUUUUAUUUUAUUUUUAUACUUAAAAGAUAAAUACGUAGUUGAUUUCUUGUCGGUCAAGGAACCUUUCCUUUUCCCUAACUUAUGGGGUUUAGGAAUUAUCUGUGAGCGUGUUUAAAAAAAAAAAGGAAUUAUCUGCGAGUUUCACAAGAAAAAAAAAGGGAAUUUUCUGUGUUAUUUGUCAAUAUAUAAAGUCAAAAAGUAAGAUCUUAUGUAAGCUAUAAAAUUCUUUGCUUUGGUCCAAAAACGCAACCCUAAAACAUCAUCAAGAGGCGAUGAAUUAUCCAAUCUACAUUAGUUCAAGUAGCGAUGAUGAAGAAGACGACGUUCAAGAGCCCACUAAUAGUCAACAACCUGUGACGACCAUCGUUAAUGAUGAGAGACGUAUCUAUCAAGCUGCGUUACAAGAUCUGAAUCAACCCAAAACCGAAAAAGACUUGCCUCACGGUGUUCUUUCGGUUCCUCUCAUGAGGCAUCAGAAGAUUGCAUUGGAAUGGAUGCGUCAGAAAGAAAGGAGUUACAAUAACUGUCUGGGAGCGAUAUUAGCUGAUGAUCAAGGACUCGGUAAAACAAUCUCGAUCAUUGCUUUGAUCUUAUUCCAAAAGUUGAAGUCACAAUCACGGCGUGUGAAGAAAAGAAGUAGAAGAUCUGGUGGUACAUUAGUUGUUUGUCCAGCGAGUGUUGUAAAACAAUGGGCUAAAGAGCUUGAUGACAAGGUCUCUCCUCAACACAAGCUCUCUGUUUUGGUCUACCAUGGUUCUAGAAGAACCAACGAUCCUGUUGAGUUGGCAAAGUACGAUGUUGUCGUGACGACUUACGCGCUUGUUACAAACGAAGUCCUUCAAACUCAAAGAAGAUUCUCUGGAGCACUAGGGAGAGUUAGGUGGUCGAGGGUGGUUUUAGAUGAAGCUCAGACAAUAAAGAACCACAAAACACAAGUUGCAAGAGCAUGUUCUAGUCUCAACGCCAAAAGGAGAUGGUGUUUGUCCGGAACACCGAUACAGAACGAGGUCAUGGAUCUUUUCAGCUACUUCAAGUUUCUCAGGUACCAUCCAUACGCUGAAAUCUGUUCGUUUAGCAAAAGAAUCAUGGUCCCAAUCAAAAACAACCGUCUCAGUGGUUACAAGAAGCUUCAAGCUGUUCUAAGAGCUAUCUUGCUUCGCCGUACCAAAGGAACAUUACUUGACGGGGAACCUAUACUUCACCUCCCUCCAAAGACUAUUAAUCUGACUAAGGUUGAUUUUUCUCCAGAGGAGUUUGCUUUCUACAAGAGGCUUGAAGCAAGUUCGCAAUCAGAGUUCGAGGCCUAUGCUGCUGCGGGAGCGGUCUACUCAAACUACGCUUACAUUCUCGUGAUGCUUUUAAGACUACGCCAAGCUUGUGACCAUCCAUGGCUUGUUAAAACAUCGAGCGUCGAACGUGUGAACCAAAGCGUUUUUACAUCCACGAAAAUCAAUGCCGUGAUGAAGACUCUAGAGUCGCUUGGGAAGCAAGUCAAGACCCUGGUGUUCUCUCAGUGGACUGGUAUGCUUGAUUUGGUUGAGCAUAGCUUUGUUAAAAGCGGUGUAACGUUCAGAAGACUAGACGGUACAAUGUCUCUAGUAGCAAGAGACAAAGCUGUGAAAGAGUUCAACAAUGAUCCAAGUGUGCAAGUGAUGCUGAUGUCUCUUAAAGCUGGAAACCUAGGAUUGAAUAUGGUGUCUGCAAGUCAUGUGAUAAUAUUGGAUCUUUGGUGGAAUCCAACAACGGAAGAUCAAGCUAUUGAUAGAGCUCAUAGGAUUGGACAGACUCGGGCUGUUACUGUGACUCGUAUAGCUAUCAAUAAUACUGUUGAGGAUAGGAUUUUGGCUCUUCAGGAGACGAAAAGGAUAGUGGUUGCUUCUGCGUUGGGUGAAGAUUCUGGUGAACUAUCUGCGACUAGACUAACAGAGCAAGAUCUUGGAUUUUUGUUUUUUGGUGUCAAGCAGGAACAUAUAUGAAAUUUAGCUAUAUAGGAAGAUCUUGGGUUUUUGUUUUUUUUUUUGGUGUAAAACAAGAUUUUGAUUUGGAUGUUUUACAUUAAUAUUUAUGGUGAUUUUCUAUUCAAUAAUUAGUUUUUAAAUUUCCCUUUUUAUAUGAGUUUAAGAGCUUUCUUUUUUUCUUAUACAUACCUAUUUAUGAGUUUUAAAAUAACAAAUGAAUCUUCCAAAAAUAACUUAAUCUUUAAGAGAGAUUAGCCUAAAAAAGUAAGCUUUUUAGUUCAUAUCAAUUUCAUACAGCCUGAGUCAUUUUCAUCUAAGGGGAAAUGCGUCAAAGCAUCACAAGAGGAAGCAUCAGAUCACCGCGUUAUCCAUGGACAUGAAGUACUCGGAAACCCGAUUAUCUUUUUUUAGAUUAGCCCUGUUCUUUUGAUAGACGCUGAAUCUAGCGUCAGCGGUUCCGAAUACUUCAUCCUCAAGAAUCUAGCGUCAACUGCAAUAGACGCUGAAUCAAACCGUAACCGUAAAAAUAGUCGCCGCCGUGAGUUGUAACUGCCGCUAGAUUUUUUAGCGAUCAAUUAACAUCCGAAAUCUAACUGAUAUAACCAAAAUAUGGAUCACUCUUUCGGUAUGGUUGAUAUGAACUCAGAUCCGAGGGGAUUGAGAACUGAUGGAUCGAGGGGUGACACUAAGGGUUGCGGAAUAGCUCAAAGAUACUACCAGAGAUUCGAAGGUUGCCGGAUGUGACGCACCGGUCCAAUACAACGAAGUGGUUCGCUUGGAGAUGACCUCACCAAGAGAAGUAUGAAUGUUCUAAGCAAAGAACAAUGAGAGAAGACUCAAAAAUAAGCAAAAGAAAAUCGAUGUUCCCUUUUUAUUAAGGGGAUCAUCACAUACUUAUAAGGUUUGUGAGUCAAAGAAACAUAAAGACAUUUGUGGGAAAAGACAACAUAGAAAAUAGAAAUGAAUGAAAACAAGACAUAGAAUUUCGAAAUUUGACUAAGACUGGUCAAGGUGCGGAUUCUUAUGUUGACUGGUCGAGAUUCAUAAAGAUGUCCAGGUUCAUUCUGUGGUGAUCAGGUCGUCCGCGGUAAGGAGCAGGACGGACGUAAGGCUGCCCGCAUGGUUGAUCGUCGAUGAUCCAUGAACGGAUGAAGAGAUAGCUCGACCCAAAUCUUCAGAGAGCUUAAGUAUCCUUCCUUUGGAGUAGUUGGAAGCAUCGAUCAUCAUGAAAUCAUCAAAGUGGUUGGAAAUGUCGUGAUCAGCCUGAUCCGGGCGUGCGGUACGUCCCAAACGGGCCAGGAAAGACAGGCUAAGUCCGGAAUCUGAUUCUUCUCAAUGAUCAUGGGUUCUGGCUUGACUGUUGGCUCUAGAAUGGCGAAUGGGCCGGGGAAGAACGCCUGUGGUUAGGCUGAUUCGGUCAUCAGGUCGUGGAUCCAUCCUUAGGUCACGUCUGGGUACACGCGGGUCGAUCCGGUACACGGCUCUGUCCGUUGAUCUGGUACGGCUGAAUGGCUGAACCUCAGCUGGACUGAUCUGAUCGUCCUGGUCACCAUGCUGAGUCUGCUCCACUUCCUGGUCCAGGUCCUGGGUUCUAUCAUUCCCUCCCUCUUCAAAAGGAUUUGACCACAAAUCCGGAUCAUCUGCGCAAAAAGGAGAUAAAUCAGAAACAUUAAAACUUGAAGAGAUAUCAUACUUACCCUGAAGAUCAAGCAGGUAAGCAUUGUCAUGGAGUUUCCUGAGAAUCUGGAAUGGACCAUCGACCCGAGGCAUGAGUUUGGACUUCCUUUGUUCCGGGAAUCAUUCCUUCCUCAAGUGGACCCAAACAAGAUAACCUUCCUGGAAGAUCACUUCUUUCCUUUUCUUGUCUGCAAGUCGUUUGUAGCCCUCGGUCUUGGCUUCAAUGUUGGCCCGGACCUGUUCAUGCAGCUUCUUGAUCGUGUCCACCUUCCUCUUGCCAUCUGUACUAACUCGUUCACUCAAAGGCAAAGGUAAAAGAUCAAGUGGAGACAAGGGAUUAAAUCCAUAAACAACCUCAAAAGGAGAAAACUUAGUAGCUGAAUGCAAAGCAUGGUUAUAAGCAAAUUCAACAUGAGGCAAA